AUGACUGUGAGGAGGAUAAACCACUGCUCUUUUGUGCUGAUCCUGGCCGCUCAGCUGGGCCAAUGCAGCUGCAGUGCCUCCUCCACGGGCAGACCGCUGCUCCAAAAACAGCCCAAUAAAUGCUAUUGUCCUCACCUGAUUGAUCUUUCACAAGCCCACAGAGGCCCAGACACGGCGCGCAGGGCAGGGGCGAUGGCGAGGAGCGGGCGGGCUGGCAAACAAGCGCCCCAGUGUGUGCGCAGGAGGUGGAGAGAGAGUGCAGGCCAGUGCAGGUGGCUGAGGGGCACGGUGGGUUUGGCUCAGGGGAUCUCAUCACAUGCCAACACGGACGUUUCCUGUGACUGUGGGCGUUAUACACACGACGGCAUCCAAGCAACAGUUUGGCCUCAGAGGAGAAUAAGAGGGCUGCAGGAAAGCACAAAGAAAAUCCAGUAUUAA